AUGGAUGCCUUGAUCCCGUUCACGACUUCGGGCUCAUUAGUGGACUUGGUCGAUAAAAAAGUCCUGGUCAUCCUGCGAGACGGGAGGAAACUGAUAGGCGUCUUCCGGAGCUAUGAUCAAUUCGCCAACUUCCUGAUCGACUCAACAGUGGAGAGAUUACAUCACAAACAGGACUUUGCGGACCGAGAUUUAGGGGUGUUAUUGAUAAGAGGAGAGAAUGUUGUCGCUUUGGGAGAAGUUGAUUUGAUAGCGGAGGAUAUGCUGCCUCUGCGGCAAGUCGCGCUAGAGGAGAUA